AUGUCUUUGGAAUUGCACCCGAACUCGUCUCGACGAGACCAGGUCGACGAGGUGCUAGACACCAAAGCCGACAUCGAUCUGAUUGAGAGCGCAGGACAUGGACGGGAAGCCACCUACGCCGAGUCGAUGACUGCUCGUCUCCCAAAAGCCCACCGAGACUAUCUGAUGGAGCGACACGGGACUUUGGAACUCGAUCCAAUUCCCGGAAUGAGUCCAGCUGACCCUUAUAACUGGCCGGAGUGGAAGAAAAUGAUUAACCUCAUCCUUGUGGCGUUCCACGCUUGUAUGGGCACAUUUGCCGCCGCCGCCAUUAUCCCUGCCUAUUUAGACAUCUCCACAGCACUCGGUGUCGAAAUGCAAGAUGUUGCUUACUUGACCUCUUUGCAAAUCGCCAUCCUUGGAGGUGCGCCUCUGUUCUGGAAACCGCUGUCCAACCGGUACGGACGCCGGCCUAUCUUCCUCGUCUCUCUCAUCUGUAGUCUCGUGUGUAAUAUCGGCUGUGCCAAGAGCUCCACAUAUGCCUCUAUGGCUGCUUGUCGGGCUCUCGUGGCUUUUUUCAUCUCACCUGCCUCCGCCAUUGGCAGUGCGAUCGUGAUGGAGACGACUUUCAAGAAAGACCGUGGCCGUUACAUGGGCGUUUGGACACUGAUGAUCACCCUAGGUGUCCCGGUUGGGCCUUUUAUCUUUGGCUUCGUCACCUACCGCGUUGGUUAUCAGUGGAUCUUCUGGAUCCUGGCAAUGAUCAAUGGAGGCCAAUUCAUCUUGUAUCUGUUCUUCGGUCCUGAGACCCGUUAUCUGGGCAAAGGCAUCGACAACAAGGAGUCAACGUUGAAGAUCGAGUAUAUGUCACUGCGACGGAUCGACCCGACACCAUUUUCAUGGUUUGAAUUCGUGCGCCCACUGACAAUGGCUCGACACCCAUCAAUCCUCAUCCCGGCAUGUGCAUACGCAAUGGUCUUUCUAUUCGGUAGUGUUCUCACAACCGUCGAGGUGCCCCAACUCUUGCAAGAGAAGUUUGAACUCAACUCCGAACAGCUAGGCAUGCAGUUCCUAGGCGCGAUCAUAGGCUCCGUAAUCGGUGAGCAGAUGGGCGGCGUGCUGUCAGACUUCUGGAUGAGCCGGCGCAGCCGGCGCAGCCGGCGCAUCGACCGCAAGGCCGAGCCCGAAUUCCGACUGUGGCUCAGCUACUUCGGUUUCGCGCUCACCAUCAUCGGCGUAAUCAUCUUCCUGGUCUGCACACAGGAAUCACCCAGCGGACACUGGAGCGUCUCGCCCAUUAUUGGCACCGCUAUUGCCGCUGUUGGGAACCAGCUAGUCACCACGGUGAUGGUGACUUAUGCUGUUGAUUGCUUCCCACAGGAAGCUGGUAACAUCGGUGUCUUCAUCACCUUUGUCCGACAGAUAUGGGGUUUCAUUGGUCCUUUCUGGUUUACUCCCAUGUUCGAGAAUGCUGGCAUUGCGCCCAGCGCGGGCAUUUGUUCGGCGCUGAUUGUGCUCGUCAGUAUUAUUCCCACUAUCUUCCUGCACUGGCGGGGUAAGAUUUGGCGUAACGAGGAGUAA